AUGGACGGUGGACUGGUUUCAAGUGGUGGACUUCUUGGUUUUGUUUUCUCAAGAAAUCUUGCAACUCUGAGCACUGGUGUGCUCUUUGGAGGUGCUUUGCUAGCUCUCAGCACCUUUAGCUUAAAGAUCUGGAGGCAAGGAAAAUCCAGUUUGCCCUUCAUUCUAGGACAAGCAGCACUCUCAGCAGCGCUUCUUUGGAAGAACUUUCAGAGCUACUCAUUGACAAAGAAAGUAUUUCCAACAGGUUUUUAUGCUGCUAUUAGUGUUGCAAUGCUCUGCUUCUACUCAUAUGUGCUGAUCUCGGGAGGGAACCCACCACCAAAGAAAUUGAAGUCAUCUCCAAGUUUUGCAUCAUGAUGAGAACACCUAAGGUAUGAUUAUUAGAUAUGGAAGGGUAGGAUUUUGUUUGAUUUAAUGUUGUAUUGUGAAUUCAAUGGGGGUUAUUAUAGAUGCAUAAUGUUGAACAUGCUUAUUUUUAUUCGAUUACUAAUUUGAUAGAAUUAUGUAAUUUGUGUAUGGUCCCUAGUCAUAUACAUCUUGUAUACUUGUGUGA